AUGGCUAAAAAGAGGAUAAAGAAACAAAAAGUUGAUUCUAUACCUUUAGAGCAAGCUCAACUAUCUGGAUUUAUAUCAAGUAAUAUCAGAGAUAACGAAAAUAAUGUGAAAGGCCUUAUAGUUCAGAGGGAAUCCGAAUAUACUUCAGUAUCUCAGGAUAAUGAAUUUACAAGAUUACUAAGAGAGUUCGAUUUAAAUCCAAUCUAUGGUCCAUCAACUGAUAUUACAAGAAUAGAAAGAUUAAAUCGAGCUAAGAAGUUAAGAAUACCUAUCAAAACCAAUACAGAACAAGCCAUUAUAAUGGAUCAUUCAAGGCUUUCUACAAUUGACGAAUUUUUAAAGGUAGUAAUGAGUAAUUAA